AUGGGGCGGGCCAAUGAGAAAUUGGAACUUACAACGACGCCAUCCGAUUUGCAUGCACUAGAGGAAAAAGGGUUUAUUUUGGAAAAGAUGAUCGGCGAAGGGUCUUAUGCUAAGCGACGUGCUAAGUACUUUGUGUUCCUGCGCUUCGCCGAGAAUGGAGACUUGUUAGAUUUUUUAUCGCAGCAUGGCGCUCUCCCCGAGAAUCAGAGCAGGCUCUGGAUGAGGCAGAUAUUGUCGGGAAUGCAGUACAUACACUCGAUGGACGUCGCGCAUAGAGAUUUGAAAUGCGAGAAUAUUUUGAUAACGUCUAACUAUAAUGUGAAGAUAACCGAUUUCGGCUUCGCUAGAAAUGUGAGGCAGAGAGAUCGUGACCUCCUGAGUGAGACGUACUGUGGCUCCCUUUCCUAUGCAGCGCCGGAGGUAUUGAAGGGUAUACCGUACUUGCCUAAACUCGCUGAUAUGUGGUCUAUUGGAAUAAUUAUGUACACAAUGCUAAAUAAAGCGCUCCCUUUCAACGAAACAUCUGUUAAGAAACUGUACGAAAAGCAGAUUCUGCGCAAGUGGCGCUUUCGCACGAACAUCGUGAACCAGCUGUCCACCGAAUGCAAGAAGCAAGUGACCAUGUUGAUGGAUCCCGACGCUAAGGCGCGCCCCACCGCGAGCAGCACUGUCAGUGGCGAGUGGAUCACAAUGGAUCCGAAGCUUGCAAAGCUUACGUUUUUAGAGGAAUCACUUUUGAAGCAAGCGGAGGAGGAGGCGAAUAUGAAGGAGAGAAGCAACUACGUAGAGAGCGAGGUCGAGAGGAUCGCAGAGUUGAGACGUAAGGGACGGGGGAAAGAGGGCCUCAAAGUAUUGAAAGCCACCGAAGGUAGCUGCGACAAAUCGCAGUCAAUAUUGAAUCAAAAACACGGCAAA